AUGGAAAGAGAAAUAAAAAAUUGGACCUUGAGGUUGUCUCCGUUACAGCAAAAACCAAGCCAAACCAGCCGAAGAACAGGACAUACUAUAGCUACUGCUCCAGAGGCCUUCUGGCGGGAGCAGCAGGGGACCCCUGAAGGUCUUUGGGAUAACCAUGAGCUGGCAGCGCAGAUCCAGUUCAGUGUUCUGAGAGGACCCAGUGACACUGUGGGCUCCUAUCACUUUUGCUAUGGAGACACAAAAAUACUGUCAUGCUCUUAUGAUAAAACAGUGAAGCUUUGGGAUGUUGAGAAAGGUUUUCCUAUUCACAUUUUUGAAGAACACACUGCCCCAGUUUCUGAGUGCAGCUUGACUCCUGAUGACAGAAGAAUGGUAACGUUGUCAUAUAAUAACACUGCCAAGGCUUGUGAUAUGGAAACAGGAAAAAUGCCUUGGACAGCGGAACAUGACGGCAUUGUGACUUCAUGUAAUAUUUCUUAUGAUGGUAGAUACUGUGUUUGUGUUUGGAGAUCCAAAUGUAAUUAUUCAAAAUAACUAAUAGUUUCACUUGAUGCAUUUUGUAUAGGUCAUCACAAAAGUACAAUCACAAGCUGUUGUUUUGAUCCUGAUAACCAGAGGGUGACUUCAGUAUCCUACAAUAAGACCAUAAAACUAUGGGAUAUGAUAACAUGGUCCACUUCAAUUACAAUUAACGAGAGACACAGCAAUGCUAUCUCAGAUCGCUGCUUUAACUCUGAUGGUCAUUACUUGUGCACAGCAUCCUGGGACAAAAGCUUAAAAAUACGGGAUAUAAAGAGAGGAGAAUUUCAGUGUCAUGAACCUGUUUUCUUGAAUGAAGGACAUGAGGGUUCUUUUAGUUCCUGCGUUUUUAGCCAAGAUGCAUCCCUUGUAGUGUCUGGUGGAUAUGACAAAGCUGUAGCUAUAUGGGAUACAGAUGCAGGCUAUAAAAAGCUAAGCUUAAAGAGUCAUUGGGACUGGGUGACAGAUGUUGCUAUCAGGAGAAACAAGAAAUGGAUUCUUUCAACCUCAAAGGAUUCUACUUUGCAGUUGUGGAAUGUUGAGGGGAUGGAUGAUGUACCUUCAGUGACAUAAAUCAGAAAAGAAAGAGGCUCAAAAAUUGCUUUGCAAUGUGAAGAGUGUGAAAGACCUUUUUUGUGCCUGCAACGUAGUAAUUCUGAAAUGAUACCCAAGUGUGUCUUCUGUCGUCUGUCUUCUCCACUGAGAAAAAUUUUGUCAUUGCGACCUACUGUUUCUCCUGAUCUGUAAACUAGGAGUCUUGGGAUGUUAAUGCAUUUAAGUGUAAGUGGAGUGUCUGUACAUCUUUAUGUAACAUAUGUAGAAAGCUAAGACUUUCCUCUAACCUUGCUCUACUGUAGUAGUCUGUAUGAAGAAUAAUAAAAUGGAUCUUACUAAUCCACUAAAAUGCUGGGAUGUAUCAGCUAAUGACUGAAAUCCAUAGGAGUAGAAAUCUUACUUAUGGUGCUUGGUAUUAGAGAAUAAAAUUACUUACAUGUUCUUUAGUGAAUUUUAAACAGUUUUAAAUGAAUAUACCAUUUGAAGGUCAGUCUUACUGAAGAAAAUGUGUUUAUGUAAAUUAUUGACGUGUUUCCUUAUGUUCUUUAGAUAAACCAUUCUUCUUUACUAUGGCAAGCAAAGAACUGAUGGUGUCAGUGGACGUAAGGAAGAGUUCUGUGGGAAAAAAACAUGAAUAAAACCAUGAACUUUUUCGUGACUUGUUAACAUACCCUUUACAAAAUAUUUGUUAAGGAGCUUUUGGGCACUGAGAGACUAACCCCAAAAGGAUUACAUCUAUUCAGUAUACAUGAGAAUGCCAAAUAAUAAAAUAUUAAGUAUUUUAAAAUGUUUGGGAGCCUUAUUCCUAAAACCAGCCUUUUCAACCUUUCCUUUUAAAAGGAGCUUAAAGUGGGGAAAAUAGUUGGAAUGGGGCAUGUGACAGUCUGGAAUGCAGUUAAGCUACAGAAACAAAGAAAUCCAAGUAGGUAGAUCUUUUUUUCCCCUUGUUUAAAUUAUGUGAAUUGUGUAACAAAAAUUACACUCGAAUCCAAGGUUAAACUAAAAAUGUUUCAAGGGAAUUGUCUGUCUUGUACAGAUUUGUGGCUUUGAAUAUGUAUUACAUGAUAAAUUGUAAACUUUUCCGCAUUCUUUCCCUGUUUACUCCUUGUUUUGUUACAGAGGUUCAAGGAAAAUGCAGUGUCUGUGCUCCUA